ACAGCAGCAUCAGGACUUUUUGUUUGGAGCAGCAUUGUGGCCUCGUAGCGGAGAGACUGGAGGGCCUGUGAGUCCUAAGUCACUUGAUGAUUCUCCAUGCUGACCGAUCUCGCAAAGUUUGCAAUCUCGUCUCCUCAAAUACGCGAAGUUAGGAUUCCGAGUCGGAACCACAGCCGUGUCCUGAUUCUUUGCCGCAUUUCCCGCACCCGCUUUUUCCGAACCACUCACAGGAGUUCGUCACGAACCAUCGAUAAUAAUCUCAGUUGCAUUCGUUUGCCUCUUCUCGUUCAAAAUACUUCUUCUGCGCACGGAAUUCCGAGGUUAAUAGAGUCUAUUGUUACUCGCGAUCGGCAACAUGGCUGAGCAAGCCCUGCUUUUGCGGAGUGGGGUGGACGGCUCUCAACCUGAAGGUGAUCACGUGUCGAUCUUGGUAGAGCCACGAAACGGCGACAAUGCUGCGUCUGUCUCGACAACGAUCGUUGUCGAAACGAUAAACGGCGCAGCCACCGGAUCGCACGCAGAACGCGACGAUGCCGCCGCCGCCGCUGUUGCCGGCGGCGAGGCCGCGUUGCAUGGCCAGUCGACGACGAACCCGCAGCCUGUGCGGAAUCCACGGCGAGGUGAUACCAGCACAGCGUCAAAUGACACGUCGGCAGAGGGUAAACUGAAACGGAAAGGGCUGUAUGACAGGAGCGGCAGUUCCGAAGCGAGAUGCUUUGAGACCGAGUCGAUGUCGAUGCUUUGCGGCCCGAGCAACAAAGUCGCAGACUAUCCCAGCGACGACGACGGCGACGACGGGGACGACAGCAUGUCGAAGCGGAAACAGUUCGUGAAAUCUCUUUAUGGAGGAAGCGCCACGAGCGGCGGAAGCGGCAGCGCAAGCAGAAGCGGAAGCGGAAGCGGAAACGGAGAGGAACAAGACGAGAAGGGGAAAGACAUCGAGGCGCCCAUCCGCGUGCGACGCGGGGACUUCGACCUUAAGAGCGAGAACCACUACGUGAUCGUGAUUCAUGGGACGUUCGACGCGCCGCCGGCCGACGGCGCGGCGACGUGGUAUCAGCCGCCGGCGCCCGGCGAGCAGAACUUCUGCCGCAAGCUGAGCCGGCUGCUGGCGGGGGGACCCAUCGGGGAGGACGCCGUCUGGCGCGAGCUGCCGUGCUCCGCGCUCCCGGGAAUACCGUACCCGUUCCACUGGGACGGCACCAACACGCACGCCGGCCGCGUCACGGCUGCCAUGAAGCUACACAACAUGAUCGACCGUAUAGCUCAGAAUGACCCAGCUGCUCGGAUACACUUAGUGGCGCACUCCCACGGCGGCAACGUGUUGCUCAAGACAAUUGAGUUGUACAUGGAGAAGCUGGGCCGCCGCCCCAAGGACGAGUGGCACCCUGCGGUGGCGAGGCAGUUUUGGGCGGCGCACCGGCGGAGCUACGAGCUGAUCAAGAAGUGGCGGCUAAUCGACCUGUGCCGGUCGUGGUGGCGCUUCUUCCCCCUCCUUGUCGUGUACAGAGGUUUCAGUGGCCAGAAGACAGUGGGGGUGAAGGAACAGUACCCGUGGGCGUACGCAAAGUGGCUGGACUCGCUUCUGGGGCUGCCGGCAGUGCGGCAGCGGCGUUUCCUCUCCUUCCGCCACGCCACCUCGCCCAUCACCAACGCCCUCGGCGCCCUCGUGUUCCUCGGCACGCCCUUCUACAUCAAGAAGUGGCAGCACCACGGGCUGCUGUGGCUGGUGGCUUCUACCACGCUUUCGGUCGGGCUCAUGUUCAUUUUCAUCAUGGGCUACACGUCCCUCUGGCAGAUCCUCGUGCUGCUGGCUGCUGGCCGGCCGGAAGACUUCUACACUCGAUCCGGCCCUCACUUGCUCAUCUUGCUACACUUCCUCAUUGCCACGGGGAUCAUGCUGCUUGUCCUUGUCAAGCAAAUCAUGGAUGCGAUGGGGAACACAGUCUUCUAUAGCGGCAAUCUCUACCACAACCCCACAUUUGAUUGGUCACCUGCCAUGUCUGCUCUCGUCAUUCAUGCCGGCAAGAUGGAUGAGGCCAGUCUAGCCCUGUCCAUGGAGCCAAUCACGCGUGCCUACGUCUUCCCCCACCUGACAAAACUCCUGAAGCAGACCCCCUGGGCGCUCUUCCCCAAGGCCCCCACGCGCUAUGCCCGCCAGGUGGACUGGUGGGCGUACCUAUUUAACUGCACCAUCGUGCUCGUGUGGGACACGCUCUUCUUCAUCCCGGCUGCCAUCAUGUCGAUCUUCUCGCACAUCAUCGCUCCCAUCGUGACCAAAGCAGUGCAAAGGAUGGUGGUUACGGUCAGCUUUGGGCUGUCGCCGGGGGAUCUCAACUAUGCAUACAUCUAUGUGGACGAGCAGCUGGACUUGGAUUUGGCUACGCAGCAAGUCGACCACUGGAACGUGCAG